AUGCCCAUAAGUUCAGUAAAGGUCGUCACGGCCUUCGUCUUGCUGGCGACCUCGGCGCUGGCUGCAGCGGCGCGUAAUUCCUCACAGACCGUCAUUCCUAAUGCUUCAGACGACCCAGCAAUUGAUCCCGUCAAAGUAAACAGAUAUAAAUCUCUCCUAGGGACGUUCAACGCCGACGAGAAAUUCAACGAGCCGUUCAGAUGGACCGACAUUCUCGACGAAUACCACCCUUUGAACGCGGAUUGUUCCGCAAGAUGCUUGACUUGCGCGCCAGGGUGUCAUCCGAGCUGUUGCGUGCGUGGCAGCUCACCGGCGACCGACAGCGACAGCGACAGUGACAGCGACAAUCCUGCCGUCUCGGAUCGAGGGAUCCAAUUCCCAAGGACUCCCGGGCCACGGUUUCCCGGCCGCCCUGUGAUGCCACCACUGUCCUGUCCCUGCCACUGUGAGGCCGACUGUCCCCGAUACAUCCAGACAAUCUGCUGCUUCACUCCAGGCUCGCGAUCAGACCGGGCACCGGUAUCGGCAUCGACACCGAACUCUGCAUCAACCGAUCCUCAUGAAACGGAACCACUUGAGGCCAUCGCAAACGACGCAGCCGCAGCCGCAGCCGCAGCGCCAAAUCCGCUGAUGGACAGAAUCCGGCCAUUCCACCCUCGGGAUCGAGUCUGGGGCCGACCACCCGGCCGCCCACUGGCUUGUCCCUGUUUCUGCGAGCCCACCUGUCCGCGGUACAUCCAGACGAUAUGCUGCACGACGCCCGGCUCCGGGAUCGGAGGGACCAGGAGACAACAUCAUCAUCAUCAGCAGCAGCAGCAGCAGCAGCAGCAGCAGCAGCACGACGAACUUGUCACGGCGCCCAAAAUCCACGACACCUUGGCCAUGAUUACGGAAUCGGCGCACGGAGAAUCCGUCUCGGUCCUCGCGGCCGUGAAUCUGACCGUGUUUGACAGCUUCAUCACCUUCAAUCUGGUCCAGGGUCUCGGGCGGACCGACGAGAUCGUGCAUGAUCCGGAGCGCAAGACGUUUGAAAUCACCUUGGCCGCGAUUGUCGGGUCGGAGGGCAAGGAGACCGCGCUGGCGCAGACGUUCGUGGUCAUUGACGGGUCGAGACUGUUGGAGGAGGAGCAAGUCCUUCUCGGGUCCGCGUUCGUCUCCCGGGCCGGUGGCGUGACGGUUGACCCGGAGUUCUUGACGCCGCUGCAGGAGGGGUUGCCUGUUCUGACGGGCGUUGAGACGACCGAGGAGUGA